AUGGAGCAGAAGGAAUCAAGGAGUCCGACGCAGACUUCCGUGCCACAGACAGUCUGGUUUGUAAGAAGCCCUUGUCGUCUGCUGGCGUAUCUGUUCCAGUUCCUUCGCAAAUUCUUCCCCUGGGCUCGCCUCGCCAUCCCUGCGGGGACUGCCACGGCCAAAGGAUCCCUGGCACAGUCUCCAGACCGACCCGUGCGCCACGCCAAGAAGCGGCUGGGAACCAUAGCGCAUGUCAUCCUUGCCUUUGCUCCUCUGAGGUUCCAGCGUGCUUUCGGAUAUCUGACCGUCAUGGAACGGGAUUUGGUCCCCAAAGAGACACUGAACGCCCCCGUCCACCCAUCGGGCAAAGGGAACAAAAGGAAAAAGGAUGAUGUUACUCUAGAGGAGGAGCUCUGCUGGGCUGAGCUUCUCCAGAAAGAAUUACCGGAUGAAGAUGAUCCCGAGGACCCGACUUAUGAGUUUACCGUCUCUGAGACGGACAGCGAAGAAUACAAAUCUCAGAACGACACCGAUGUCAAUUUGGAGGUGGAGGAGAAAGAUGGAUUCUUGAUGCUGAAGGAAGACCCAGCUCAGCAGGAGGCUCCAGGGAAGGAAAUUGGGGCUGGGGAGGAAGCCCUGGACCCCCGCUGCUCCGGGGACGGGAGUGAGCAGCCAGACGAGGAGGUGCCUGACAGUAGCGGGGACAACCCGGGUGCGAAUCCCACCAGCCCUGCUCCACCAGAGAGCACAAUGCUCCUGCCGUCCCGCGACCCCAGUGCUGAGAUGACCUCCAGUGACAACUCCCAAGACCAAUGGGUGAAUGUGAGCGGAGGUGAGCGUUACAGAAUCAUAGGAUUGCAGAGAGGGAAGGGACCCUCGAGGGUCAUCUAGCCCAACCCGCUGCAGUGCAGGAAUGGCGGCUAACAGAAGGCCACCCAACCUCUGUUUCGAAACCUCCAAGGAAGGGGAGGCUCCACUGUCAGCAGCUCUUACCCCUGUGUUGCAAUACAGAAUAAUCUGCUCAAAUGCAGCCGCAACACAUGGCUAAUAAGUAUGG